ACCGAAAAACAGAAUGGGUAACGUUACAAUAACAGAACUAUAUUAGAAGCCGCUGGUCUAUGUCGCUUUAAAAAAUAAAAAAUAAACAUUCCAAUUUCGAAUUGGGUAUUUAUCGAAUGACAAAACAAAAAAAAUACGCGCCAUUUUAAAAACAAAAAUAUUCACGCGUUCGAAAUUCGAAACAAAUAUUUAGAUUCACGUGUACCUAUUAUUAUUAGCCAGAGAUAUAGAUAAUAAAAUUGUGAGUGUACCAAAGUGCCUAUUUAGGUACAAGUGACAUGAUAACGAAUUUUAAAUAAAUAAUAAUACUAGUCUGUGAUUGUGUUAAUUCUCUGAUCAACAACAUAAACAUGCAGACGACGAAGUUGAGACCGCUCUUCCAGUUGAUAUCUAUUAACAAGGAAGUCAUAAGGACUGUAGCAGUCGCCAGUACAGCGGUGAAGACAGAAGCCUUGAAACCAUGGAGCGAGAUCCCAGGACCACCAUCAUUGCCCAUCAUUGGGCAAAUACAUCAUUUCCUUCCCGGAGGCACUUUCGGUGACAUGAAAGACCCGGAAACUAUAAUGAGACUGCUCGACACUUAUGGACCAGCUGUAAGGCUGGACAGCAUGCUGGGCAGGCCACCUCUGCUCUUCUUAAGCGAUCCUGAUAGCGCGGAACUUGUUUUACGGAGUGAAAACUGGUUGCCGUACCGUCCUGUUUUUCAGUCACUUGAGUUUUAUAGAACCAAUUACAAAAAAGAUAAAGGACGCGUAACAGGACUUAUUUCGGAUCAUGGCGAAGUAUGGAAAGAGUUCCGAUCAACCGUCAAUCCGGUGAUGUUGCAGCCUAAGACGAUCAAACUAUAUGCCAAAGUACUGGAUGAAGUGGCUCAGGAUAUGAUAGUUAGGAUGAAGGCCAACCGUGAUGAAAAGAACAUGAUAACAAAAGAUUUCGAUAAAGAAAUGAACCUAUGGGCUUUAGAAUCUAUUGGUACGGUGGCUCUUGGCUGCCGACUAAACUCCUUCGAUCCAAACCUUCCUGCAGACUCUCCGGAAUGGCAACUGAUUCAAUGCGUCCACGACCUCUUUUCUACAGCCAAUGAGCUUGAUUUUAAGCCAAGUAUCUGGAGAUAUUACGCAACACCGACUUUCAAACAAGCUAUGAAGCUGUAUGAGCAUCAUGAGAACUUAACUAAAUACUUCAUAAACAAAGGAAAAGAACAAUUGAAGACCAAACCUGAUAAUGAGAAGGGAGUAUUAGAAAAACUGUUGGAAAUAAAUGAAGAAGUAGCUCAUAUUAUGGCCAGCGACAUGUUAUUUGCGGGUGUUGAUACGGCUGCAAACACAGUAACAGCAACACUAUACCUUCUGGCCAAGAACCCAGACAAACAAGCAAAAUUAAGAGAAGAAGUAACCUCCAAUGUGGAGAAGAGACCGUACCUUAGGGCCUGCAUCAAGGAGUCUCUAAGACUUUUGCCUGUGGUAUCAGCAAACGCUAGGAGAACCACAAAGGAGUACAAUAUACUGGGAUACCAACUUCCUAAAGGCGUAGACGUCAUCUUCACUCAUCGAGAGAUGUCCUUAAUGGAAAAAUACUACCCAAAAGCCAAGGAGUAUAUUCCAGAAAGGUGGCUGACCAACAAGGAUGAUCCAUUGCACUAUGGAAAUGCCCAUCAAUUCGCCUACGGGCCCUUUGGUUUUGGCGCACGAAGCUGUAUAGGUCGUCGCAUAGCAGAACUAGAAAUGGACACAUUUGUGGCGCGAUUAAUAGAGAACUUCCAAGUCGAAUGGUUCGGACCCCCACCGAAAGUCGUACAAGAAGCUCUCAACUACAUCAAGGGUCCCUUCAACUUUGUAUUUAAAGACAUUAAAUGAAUAAACUAAUUUAUUUGUUUGGUUAAGUUUAUUAUAGGAACGAUAUUGAUAUUUUUAUGUUUUACAAAUGUAUU